AUGGAAAAGAAAAAGGAAACAAUGGACUAUAAGAGUUGUUUCUAUAUUCCAAAAGACGAAGAGAUGGACGGUUACAACUCCGACGGGAACACUAGGAAACCCCUUAUCACCAUUGACGCCCCACAUUUAUUAGAAACUGCUCAAAUGGCCGUUGACAAUGAUUCCUUACUCUCUCCUCUUGCCAAGUCUCCAUGGUCCUCUCACAUGAACCACAACACCAACAUUGGAGGAGAUGGCUUCACCAACCCCAACGAUGAAGCUCUCGUUGGCUCGCUCGUCCGCGAAGAAGGCCACAUAUACUCCCUCGCUGCCACCAGGGACCUUCUCUACACCGGCUCCGACAGCAAGAACAUUAGGGUUUGGAAGAACCAGAAGGAGUUUGCAGGCUUCAAAUCCAACAGUGGCUUGGUCAAAUCCAUCGUCAUCGCCGGUGAAAAGAUUAUCACCGGCCACCAAGACGGCAGGAUUAGGGUUUGGAAGGUGUCUUCGAGAAAUGAACAAAUACACAGACGCAUUGCCACUCUUCCCACGCUCAGAAACUACAUCAAGUGCUCCAUGAGACCCAGCAACUACAUCGAGGUUCGAAAGAACCGCAAUGUGCUUUGGAUCAAGCACUACGACGCCAUCUCCUGCCUUAGUGUCACGGAGGACUAUGCCUUCAUAUACUCAGCUUCUUGGGACAAGACCUUCAAGGUUUGGCGAGCCUCCAACUUCAAGUGCUUGGAGUCUGUGGUGGCGCAUGACGACGCCGUUAACUCCUUGGUUGUGGCGCCGGAAGGCUUGGUGUUCUCGGGGUCCGCGGAUGGCACUGUCAAAAUCUGGCGGCGCGAGAUGCAAGCGAAAGGAACGAAACACUUCUUCCAGCAGACAUUGCUGAAGCAAGAGUGUGCGGUGACGGCGCUGGUGAUAAACGCCGACGGGAAUGUUCUGUACGGCGGUUCGUCGGACGGGUUGGUGAACUUCUGGGUGAGGGGGACAAAGUACGAACACAUGGGGAUACUUCGGGGGCAUAAACUGGCGGUGCUGUGUUUGGCGACGGCGGGGAACUUGAUAUUGAGUGGGUCGGCGGAUAUGGGGAUUUGCGUCUGGAAGAGGACGCUUAGCAACGAGCAUGUUUGCCUGACGACGUUAACCGGUCACACUGGACCGGUGAAGUGUCUGGCGGUGGAGAAGGACCCGGAGGCCAUGUUGAAUGACAAGAAGUGGAUUGUGUAUAGCGGCAGCUUGGACAAAUCCGUCAAGGUUUGGAGAGUUUGCGAGAACGCGCCGCCCUCCCAACACGGCCACCAGCAAUCUCGUACUAGUUCUGAGUUCCCCAGGGUCUCUUCUUUGAGGAAAAUGGGCUCCAGAAGAUACUAA